UCUGGACAUUUUCCAGCAGUCGUUCGACGAUCAGCCAAAGGUGAACUUGUCAUCAAUCUGGUGUUACCUCAUUCCCGUCUGAUGGUGUGCUAGUGAACUUAAUACUACAUAACGGAAUUCGUUGUAUUUAAAAAAUCUGAAUUGGAUUAUUGCUGCAAAAGUUUUGUGAUAUUAUUCCAUUUUUACGGUAACUAAUUUAAUUACCAUUAGUGGAAAAUGGCUAGAUUAUCGUCAAAUUGGUUGCUGUGCUUAUUAUUAGCUGCAUCAUUAACAGCUGCAAGCUCAGCCAGCACCGUUCCCACUGAUCCUGGCCCGGAUUCCAAGCCCACUCUGAAAAAUUCUGUCAAUCCUGUCCCGGAGAUCAUUAAAAAUCGAAAAGGUCACCCACUACAAUCUGAUGCGCCACACACUAACUAUUUUAAAUAUCCAAUGGCGCAGCAAUAUCCUGCAUCACCAGCAUUAUUACCGAACCGUAUUGCUUUUCCACCCGUUGAGCAAUCGAUCCAUCCGGAUGCUUAUUCCGUAUCCGAUGCGUCUUUGUACAGCAACCUGGACGAUUAUAUGAAUUCUUUCUAUUCCAAGAUUCCUAAAGUUGUCGAGAAGUACUCGUCAAAGCUGAAAGAAUUGAUGCCAUACAUCAGGCCUCAUCACGGAAGCGCUGCGGCCGCCGCAUCUCGAGUGUGGCAAAAUAUUCCCAGCCGGCGUGAAAUAGCUGAUAGGGCGUUCGGCGCUAUCAGCGGCGCGGUGACGGCCAUCGGACUCGCCAUCGUCUCACCCCUCGUAGCUGCUACUGCCGCCCUCUUCGUGAUUUUCUCGGUGAUCCUAGUUCUCUUUCCUGCCGUGUCGGCGUUCGGGCGAAGACGAGUGGGCCGUGAUUUGUUCGCCGCCAAGGAUUUCAAUAAACAAGUCUUUGAUUUCGAUCGCUUUUUGCCACCUGAACAGUCCACAACUUUGGCAUCAUUAGCUGCUCGCCUGGAUAGUGUGCUGGAUACCUACAUGGCCGCUUAUAAGGACGAUUCGUGCCUCGAGAGAUACUAUUGCGAAGUUGGCCAAAUGACUAAUCGAUGGGCCAAGUUCACCGAGCCCAUCAUCACGUAUUUGGAACCAUUAGUUCCUGCGUACAUGUCCGAGAUGCUGGAUGCGUUCAAAAUUGGCGCCCGCAGUGAUGGCAGCUCCGAUUGCAGAAAAAUGAAGUGCAGUCUCCCCAUCUUUGGAUGAACAUUAAUAAUCAUUCUUUUCAAAUAAUUUUUUGACAUUCCAUCUAGUUUUUUUUUUUUUUCUUCUUUCGUGUAGUACUUUGUGCAGACCAUAAUAAUUUAUUCGCCAGUCUCAAUCCCAGACCUUAUUUAUUGUUCAAUAUACCCCCAAACAUACCUUGCUAAUAUUUAAUUCUCAUCUUCCAGUAAAGUAAAGCCACAAUAAUUUUGUCAAAGCUGCAACUCAUUUAUUUAUUUCAUGACUAGGAAAGCGCAUCCGCAUAUUUCUUUUUGAUUACGUGUCUACUUUGAAAUGUUAUGUAUUUUUAUUUUAUCCUUCAAG